AUGGCAAUCCUCGACAAUAAUGACGAUAAACAGCCUAUCAACCAUAAUAAAUAUCAAAAACCAAGCAGAAUCAAUGCUUUGUCAUUGGAAGAAAGUAUUCAACUGCAAAAGCGGCAGAAGCAAAUAGAAGAGGAAAUGCGAUUGAAAUUUUUGACGAAUCAAAUGAAAGUUCAAAAUGAUUCUGAUGUUUGGAAAACAUUUCGCGAAACAGAGGAAUAUUUCUCUGAUGAUGAUGACGAUUCACAUUCAAAUCAGGACUUCGAAGAAUCUAGCGAAGAUGAGCUGGAGGAUUCGAGUCCUA